AUGACCCUGACGGAGACGGAGGCGCAGCCUUCCUACACGGAAAAUAUCCUCCGCCUCUUUCCCGAAAUCAACACACAGCUCGCGACUCAGACCCGCUCUGCUACUCAGGAUCAGGAUCUUGCUGGCUACGAUGAGGAGCAGAUUCGCUUAAUGGACGAAGUGUGCAUUGUGUUGGAUCAGGACGACGCGCCGAUUGGAAGCGCCAGUAAAAAGGUGUGCCAUCUCAUGGACAACAUCAACAAAGGCCUCCUGCACCGCGCAUUCUCCGUCUUCCUCUUCGACUCCCAAGACCGAUUACUUCUCCAACAAAGAGCUUCCGAAAAGAUUACAUUCCCCGAUCUAUGGACCAAUACCUGCUGCUCACACCCAUUGGGCAUUCCGGGUGAAACUGGCGCUACUCUUGAGGCUGCCGUCGCAGGUGUGAAGCGGGCAGCGCAACGAAAGCUGGAUCAUGAGCUGGGCAUCAAGAAGGAGCAGGUUCCCGUGGAGAAGUUUGACUUCCUCACCCGGAUACACUAUCUCGCGCCAAGUGACGGCAAGUGGGGAGAGCACGAGAUUGAUUACAUACUGUUCAUCAAGGCAAAUGUGGACCUGGAUAUCAACCCCAACGAAGUGCAGGCAACGAAGUAUGUGUCCGCGGAUGAGUUGAAAGAGAUGUUCAAGGACGACACGCUCAAAUUCACUCCGUGGUUCAAACUCAUUUGCCAGAGCAUGUUGUUCGAGUGGUGGGAGCACCUGAAUGGAGGACUCGAGAAGUACAAGGGCGAAACGCAGAUCAGACGUAUGUAG